AUGUCGUCAACCAGAAAAGAUGCUUCUUAUCAAGACAAAAAUAAAGAAGAAAAUGUUGAAAAGGAGAGUACUUUGAAACGAUUCACAAAAUCAACAGCGAGAAGGAUAUUUCAAAAAGAGAGCCCUAAACCAAACGAAAAAGGAGUUACUGAAGAAAAAGAAUCAUCAAAGAAUGUACCAGAACAAAAAAGUUCUCAGAGGAGAAGAAAGAGAAAAGUUGUUUCUUUAACAAGAAAGAAAAAACUUGAUGAAAAUCAAGAUUCCGAGUCUCAAAAAAAUCAGAUAAAGAGAAGUAAAAAGAAGAAAAUAAAUAAAGAAUUUGAUACAAUCCGAAACAGAUGCUCACCUGGAUCUUUGUUAUCUGUUAUACAAGGAUUCAGUGAUGUUCAAAAGGAUUGUGUUAGAAAGAUGGGUUUUGGAAAUAUUCUAAAGAUGAAAAUGAUAGAUGCCGGGGGCAUUAAGUUGUUUUGUUCUUCAGAAGUUUAA